CUCAGUCCGCUCGGAGUCGGCAAACGACAAGCUGCUUUUCCGUGUCCCACCAUCUCCAGAGCGUUCAUUUCCUUCCUGCGCGGAGGACUGUGACGGGAAGAGCGAAGAGGUGUCUGCGAGCGUCAGGUUCCCCAGGCUUUGCUCAUCUUCAACGCCAGCAGUGUGCCGAGCUGAAUGGCAGGCGGCGUUGGCAGACUCGCGAGACUAACUCUCUUCUCUGGGCCACACUGUUCACUGUGCGACGUGCGUCACGCGUUCCUCCUCGCACCCCCCACUCACUCACAACCUACCCCCAUGGGCCACACAGACGGCCAAAGCAGAGCUUGCCAAAGUCAGACAACAACGGCCGUUCAACCUCGAGACGGUCAAUAUCCAGGACGUGGGACAGGAGCGGUGGAAGCGGAAGUAUGUCUACUGGAUCCCGGCGCUGCACAUCGAGGGCAAGGAAGUCGCGAAAGGCCGCUGGGACGCACAGACAGUGAACGAGGCGCUCGACGCCUGGGAGCGGGAGCCAUGGACGACGGAGGACACGAAGAAGCCCUGAAUCCACGUACCCCACCCCCGUUUGUCGUCGAUAUCAAGCCUAGCUAUGGCAGCCUGUACUAUGAACUUCACUUCUAUGACCUCUGUGGUGCCGGCGCCCUGGGGAUGGAACACAUCCAGGAGCAAGACGAGAGCAACGUGCGACGCUGCUUCAACUGCGGUUCGCCCGACCACGCGCUGUCCUCUUGCUCCGAACGUCGCAACCACGCCCUGAUCUCCCUCUCUCGCCAGUUGUUCAACUUCUACAAGGAUGAGUCACUGGCGAGCUCGAGGCGCAUACACGAAGUUGAAGGCUGGCGACGACAGCGGCUCGCAUGGCUGGAGGAGUUCGAGCCUGGUCAGAUCAGAGGCGAGCUUCUACGCGACGCGUUGGGCUUGAGAAACGGAGAUCCUGGAGAGCAUGUGGAGUGGUUGCCCAACAUAGCAUGCUGGGGCUAUCCAAAGGGUUGGGUGGGCGAAGGUGACCCGAGACUACAGGUGUGGAAGAUCAUCACCGACGAAGGAGAACAAGACGACGGGGUGAAUGAUAACUCGUCGUCGUUUGUGAUCGCUGGGGAAGACGAAGAACGGCUUCAGCUUCCCUCGAAGGCAUAUGUGGUCCCGUCCCCUUCCGAAGACGAUAACAUACCUACCUCUGACGCCGACGCGAGCCCUCAGCUGCAAACAGAACCACAUCGGGAUGUAGGCUAUCGAGAGCUAAGACGGUGGGCGAGCUACCCAGGCACCUACUUCCUUUCGUCCAGGCUCUUCGUCUACAGCAGUCAAUGUCUUCCCGAACCCGGUCGAGGCGCAUCUUCUGGAGUCGUCAGCAGUACCUUCGACGCCGAGAGGCAGGUACUCUGGGACCGGAUCGUAUCACAAACCUAUGGCACUCGUCAGUUGACCCUCGCACCACCGUCAUUCCUACCUCUGGGCUUACCACCGCCGCCGCCUUCUCUGAGCCCACCCCCUUUGCCUCCUUCAAGCCCACCACCACUGCUACCUCUGCCCAAGGCGGCAAGAACGUCAUCAUCCCGGGCAGACGACGAGCUGGAAGAGGGCGAAAUAUUAGAUAUGGAUCUAUCCGACACAGACUAGCUUAUCCGUCCCAUUCAUACCAUAUAUCGCUUUGUACAAGUUCUCGUCAAUCAUGGGCCGGAUAUCCACCA